ACAAUCCUGACCUUGGCUGGCUGACCCUCCACCUCCCACUCCUUCACUUUGUUCUGGCUACUCUCACCCUGGCAGUGUCACUCAUUGCAACAUACUUUCGAGAAUGUUAAACACAUAAAGAUCAGUGUGCAUCCAACCUCAUCUAUCCAGGUUUCAAGCUUAGGAACAGACAACUUAACAAUCUAUGAAUCUCGUACAACCCCUUUUGGGUCAGAAGAGAAGAAGGAAGAGAAAACCCUGAGGAGCCUCGUGGAGAUUCUGCAGGAUAUGAUGCAAGAUGUUCCUACACAACGCACACCAACUGAACGAACCAUCGUUACAUCCAAAAUAGUGAAAUCGUAUGUUGGUGAAAGUAUUGGCUCUCUUUGGUUAAAUGUGGGCCAGAAACAUGGUGGAAAGCCACAGAAGUCAAAGGAAAAGGCUGCUGUUACAAGAAAAUUUACCACAUCUACAGCAACCCCAUUUUGGAGACUGCGAACUGGCACUGAAGUUUCUGUUAUUUUACAUUCUAAUGAGUCUUCUCACUCAACAACACCACUGAAAAAAAUAUUUAUUACAUUUAAAAAUGUUAUUUCAAAAAGAAAAAGUAAGACUUUUGAUCAGUUAACAAAUGGAUCCCUGGAAAAUCUAGUUCAGUCUUUAAAGAAUGUAAAAAACCUCAAACAGAAAACUCUAACAGAAACAGAAACCAUCACCAAAGAAGCAGAAAACGUGAAACAUGUUGCAAAGGUGAAAAAGAUACAUGUAUAUGACAAAGUGAAACAUCGACCUGCCGGUGAAGCAAUCUUGGAAAAGAUUGAAAAGCUAAAAAAAUGGUUACAGAAGCCACCCGAUUAUGUUAAACAAAAUCCACACCUCAAAGAGUAUGUUGAGUCAUCUGAAAACUAUAUAACGAAAUCUCUUAUGCUGGAAAAAGAAGCAGAGGCUUCACUAGGUCAGCUGUAUCACCAACCUAAACCUUCACCUCCGAAAGAAAAGGUAGAACAGAACACAGAAGUAGAAGAACAGGACACAGCAGAAAUCAGAAAGUUAAGAGCAUUUAUUAACCUGCUGUAUGAUUUUAGUCCUCAGCUAACUACAUAUAUUGAUAGUUCUGACAAGAAAUAUGUCCCAGAGGAUAUUAGUGUAAAAGCCAUUGCUGUUCUUGAUGCUAUGAAACAUGUUUUCUGUGGAAGUCAGGCAGACCAAAACAAAAAAGUGUUGAAGAAGUUGCUAGAGGAUGAUAUAAAGCUUUUAAACAUAGUUCUUAAGAACCACGAAUAGACUCUUAAAAAUAGUUAUUUAUUGGUGCCCUUCAUUGCAUUUACUUAAAUUUGAAAGAUCAAUUUUCUAGUUCGUCAUUGUCCUCUAGACCUGGUCUUUGCUGUAACAAUAUUCAUCUCAGUAAUUAAACACCAUUUUUAAAAAAUU